GACCAUCUCCCCUGUUUUUUCCCCUGUUUUUUUUUUCUCAGGGCUUUUCUCGCACAUCAUCCCUUUUGUCUCUCUUUGUCUCCACUCGCAUCCACUCCCCUCUAUAUACACCAGAAACUAGAAGAGACAAAAUUACACACUAAGCCACAAGAAGAGAGAAGAGAGAAGAAGAUGAUGCCGCAAGUGCCGUCAACGAGAUGGUGCCCCACGCCGGAGCAACUGAUGAUACUGGAGGAGAUGUACCGAAGCGGAGUCCGCACGCCCGACGCGCCGCAGAUACAGCAGAUCACCGCACACCUCUCCUGCUACGGCAACAUCGAAGGAAAGAACGUUUUCUACUGGUUCCAAAACCACAAGGCCAGAGAGAGGCAGAAGCUCCGCAGGAGGCUCAGCAUGCACCAUCUCCUCCUCCGCUCCGCCGCCGGAUUUAGUACUCCUAACUGUCACGUCUUCUUCCACGGCCACCACCACCACCACCAUCACCAUCUCAGCACUGCUUCUACUUCUCCCCUCCCCCAUCACUUCUUUAAUCAGGAUGCGGCGCAGGGAUUGAAUUUGCUGUGCAAGUUGGAAACUAAAGGGGAAGAACUAACAAACAGCAGUGCUGAAGCUUACGGGUGUCUCCACCAGUGCACCACCAAUCCCAGCUUCAAUCCUCCAAAGACACUCGAUCUGUUCCCCACGAAAAGCUCCGGCGGCUUCAAAGAUAAAUCUACAGAUCGCUAA